GUUUUUCACGAUGCGUUUUUUAUUUAAGUAAAAGCUGAUUUAUGUGUAUAGCCUUGUAAGACUGAUUGGCUUCACUCUCACUUGACCACUAUAUUAUCCAUUCUCAUGUAUAACAACAUCUAUAAUUUAAUUAUCUGCCGAAUUAUUUGUGAAGUCGGGUACGAGGGGAAUCGUUAUCAGAAAUUUGACUGGUCGGCAGAAAAGUUUGGCACGCUCUUGACCAUACGUAUGAGAAGCUAUUUUGUACAUACCCCCUUCUGAAGAAAAACGUACGGAGCACAUAAACAAUCUGAACUACAAUUUUUUGAAAAAAUUUUAUUCUAUCACAACAUGAUGAACGGAACAAUGUUGGAUCAAGACAUUAACAUGAACAUCAAUGGAUUUUACAAACAUGGAAUGCAAAAGCCGGAAAUAUGCUCGGAGAAAUCUUACAAAAUUUUUAGCUCGGCAGCCGUGGUUUGUAACAAUGGAAUCUGCGCAAUCGCAGGGAAGAACAUACUUGCAGAAGGAGGCUCUGUUGUCGAUGCUGCCAUCGCUUCCAUGCUGUGCUUGGGUGUUGUUUCGUUCAAAGUGCUGGUAUCGGAGGGGGAUUCUACAUGAUUUAUUACGACGCAGAAACAGGAAAAGAUUAUUUUAUCGAUGCCAGAUCUGUCGCCCCACUUGGAGUAAAUCCUGACAUUUACAUCAACGAUUAUGUAGCAAGAUAUGGAAGAUCAUCCAUUGGAGUUCCGGGUGAAAUUCGUGGUUACUGGGAGGCGCAUAGAAGAUUUGGAAAACUUCCAUGGUCUCGUUUAUUUGAUCCUGCCAUUGAGCUGGCAGAGAAUGGUUUUCAAAUGACAUUCAGCUGUGAUAAAUGGUUGAAAAUAACAAUGCAAAAAGUACACGAGAAUCUUUAUUUAAGAAAAUUUCUGAAACAUCCGAAUGGAGAAUUCAAACAAAAAGGCGAUAUUUUUCAUCGCCCUGUAUUCGCAGAAACACUUCGUACCAUUGCAAGAGAAGGCUCAGAGGCUUACUACGAUGGAUCAUUGACGCAAUCAAUUCUACAAGAUAUUCAUGAUGGAUUUGGACUUCCGUCUGCAAUUACAAAAAAUGAUCUGAAACAGUACAAAGUUCGCAUCAGAGAAUCUAUCAAAAUCGACCUCGGCAACGAUUUGACGAUGAUUGCUCCCGGUGCACCAAGUGGAGGACCGAUACUUGCAUUCAUACUUAAAGUUUUGAAAGGUUACAAUUUCACCGCUGAAGACUUAAAAGAAGAUAAAAUUCUAACUCUCCAUCGAAUUAUUGAAACAAUCAAGUUUGCCUAUUGCAAAAGAAAUAAAAUGGGAGAUCCUGAUUUCAACGAUGAAAUUGUUCAGAUUAUCAAUGAAAUGAUGUCAGACAAAUUUUGCGAAAAUGUCAGAGAGAAAAUAGAUGAUUUUCAAACGCAUUCAUCAGAAUAUUAUGGUGAUGUAGAAGUACGAGUUCCGAACGAUCAAGGAACGGCACAUUUAGGAAUUGUUGGUCCAGACGGCAGCGCUGUAGCUAUUACAAGUACAGUUAACCAACCAUUCGGAAGCAACAUUCUCGGAAAACGAACAGGAAUUGUAUUUAAUGAUCAAAUGGUAGAUUUUUCAAGACCUCAUGCUACAGGUUACUGUCUUGUUAUUGUUUUAUUGUCAAAGAAGACUAUACUCGAAAUAUAUUUGUCUUCAAAUAUUACGUGGAACUUAACUGAAGCUGAUGGAAUCCAAGAGUGUAAUAAUUUAAUUGAACCCGUCAAGCGAGGUUUGUCUUCAACAACUCCAACAAUAAUUAUCAACAAAUCAGCUCCUCAAUGUUCAAAGGUGAAGAUGGUGAUCGGUGGGGCUGGGGGAACUCAUAUCAUCAAUGCAACUGCACUGACGAUAAUGCAAAGUUUAUGGUUCAACAAAACUCUCGACGAAGCCGUGAGAUCAAAAAGAUUUCAUCACGGUUGGAUUCCAAAUGUUUUAUUAAUACAGGAAGGAACGGACCAGAAAAUGAUUCAAGGAUUAUUGAAACGUGGACAUGAAGUCGAAGAAGUAGACAGCCACCUAUCUUCGGUUCAAGCAAUAUUAAGAAUAAAUGAGAAGACAAUCGCUGCUAAAUGUGACGAUAGACGAGGAGGAUCUCCCGAUGGAUAUUAACAAAUAUACUUUAACAUGAAUAGUGAUCAUAACGUCGCGCACCAUCAAAAUUUAAAAUAUACAAAAAUCUUGAAAUCAUUCGAUCUCGAUGCAGUUCUGAGUCAUCAUGUUAGUAUUCUAAAAAAAAUUAGAAUGAGUCAUCUAUUGACGCGUCAUAAUAGAUUGUAAAUUUUACCUUGGUUGGCGACUUCAUAGCGACACUGUACAAUUUACCUGAUUAAUUUCUUAGUCAAUAUUUCUAUAAGAAC